GCCAUUUCUCGGAGGCACGGCGAGCGCCGUCGACGCAUAACGUAGGGGCGUUGCUGCCACCGCCUCACGCAACACCGCGGAGAACCAAGAAAGCUGCCCCCGACGAUGAGGCCCCCUCUCCGUCGAUUACAAGCGGCACUCGAGUCCACGGAUGAUGAGGCCAAGACGGACACGGUCGAGCUCUUGUGGGAGAUGGGCCCCAAGCCGGACCUCGAGGACUGGGGCGAGCGGGACCCCUACGGCCAGCAACUCGCGGAGCUCGCGGUCGUCUGCACCGGAGUCGGUUUAGCGCUGCUGAUCUUCUACGCGUUGUAUCGCUGCUGCUUGUCGUUCCGAGCGUGCUGCUGCAAAGACAAAUGUUGCACGUGCGUCGAGACGAAGACGAAGGGCAAGGGCGCGGCGUUCCGACUCGUAUUGAUGUUCCUACUGCUGGGGACGCUCUGCUCCCUGCUGGCCUACUCGCGGGGCCAGCGGCUGGUCGUGGACGCCGUCUUCUCCGUCGCGAAGAGCGUCGAGCGGGUAUCGAAGGUCAUAGGCAGCCUCCAGGCCAUUCUAGGGAGCUGUUCGUCGUCCGUCGCGGACGUGACGCGACGGAUCAAUACCAUCGAAUGCGCCGUCGCGGACCAACAGACCACGGACCUCCUGAACAGCUCCCUAGCAACGCUAUCGGAGGUGAACAAAACCCUGACAGCCUUAGCACCGGGCUUGGCUCGAUUCAAGGACGCCGCCGACGACCUCGAGGCGGAGCUCGUCACGAGCCCGCAGGGGGCGGAGCCCUGGAACGGCAAGGGCCGCGUCCAGUACUGGCUCGAGGUCGGCGUGCCGGCCUUCGUUUCCGCGCCCUUCGUCGUCUUCGUUAUGCUGACAAUCGUCGGCCUCUUCUUCUCGUGCUGCAAGUGCAAGCGACCGACGUCGUGUUGCCUGAACCUGGGCGCGUGCUGGGCCGGCGGGCCGGGCCUGACGAUGGCUCUGGUGAUCUUCGUGGCGCUGUUUGUCAUUAGUAUCACGGCGGCCGACUUUUGUUAUCUGGGGCCGUCGAAGGUCCUGACGCAGCGGGCGGAAGGGAACGAAUACGCGGGGUAUUACCUGAGUGGGUGUAUGGGUGAAAAUCCAUUGGGGGCGGAAGUGAACAACGUCGCGGCCUCGGUCUCCAAUUUAACGGCAGUGACGACGGCUCUGGACGCCCUCCCGGCCUGCGGGAACAUUAAUGGUAUUGAGAUCUGCCCGGACGAGCCGAUCUGUUCGGGUGUCGACGAGGCGUCCCAGGCAUUGGAGGAUGCUCGCUUAGUGCUCGACCAGGCCGUUUUGGACCUGAAGCGGGACGUAUUGAACUGCUCCGUCUUCGAACCGAUCAUCGAGCACGCGUUUUAUGAUGGAGUUUGUGAGGAGGCCGUCGAAGGCCUUUAUUCUAUAUGGGCUGUGGUGGUGGCGGCGGCCGUUUUUACGUACAUGACCUUACUCGUGCUACCCUUCGCGACGGCCAGUUUUGCCCAGGACUUCUUCCCUCCCGAAAAACCGGAAAAGAAGCUGUAUGGCGGAAAGUCCGGCAUCCGCCACGAGGAGCUCAAGGCGCACAACGCGGGCGCGUCGCCCCUCGGACGCGUGUGACUCGCCUGGCUCGCGCGCUUAAUUCAAUUACUACUUGCCAGUAGUCUGAGAUUAAUACCUUACCGGCCGCCGGGUAAGGUAUCG